AUGGAGAUCGAUUCUCUGACGAUUCAGCUCACGAGCCUGCUCGCCCUGCACCGCGACGAUGACGCCAACGAGGAUGAUAUCGUCUUCGCCACCCUCGACUACAUCCGCGGCGCCCACGCGGUCGCUCAAAUGCUGUUGCUAGAGGGGAGGUUCCCUGAGCUGCAGCGGUGCCUGAAUCUCUGCCAAGCAGCCUUUGGGGAGAUCGUCACGAGCCCCGCGGCAGCGUCCUCAGAGGAGGCUGCCGCUGCCACCGCUGCUGCUCCAUCCACGACUCAGGAUAGCUCAGGUCCUCGCAGUGAACGCGUGAAGGCGGUGGGAUCGGAGCUGAGGCCUUCCUUGUCCCCCUCAUCCGUGGAAGCAGCGGCGGAGAGGCGACGCGCCUCGGUGGUGCUGCGCAGCGCCGAGGACCAUCGCGUCUUUUCGGCCUUGGCAAGCCGCACAGCGCAGCUGCAGACGCAGCUGGAGGCUGCUAUGCAGGUCCGGCGGGGCCGCGACGCCAACUACUACCUCCAUAAGCUUGGCCUGGGGGUCAAGCAUAACGACGCGGACGAGACGCUGGACAAGCGCGAGGCGGCAACGAGCAUCCGCUUCUUUCAGCGGCAGAGGCAACAGCUGCCCCGCGCCGUGCCGAUGGCGUUGCUGUUGCCGCAAGCUCCCAAUCAGGACGCAUGGGGUAGAUGCACGCAGAGGUCCGCCGCUCGUCCCCCGCCCCCGCCGGCUCGUCUCUCGGCGCCUGUGCAGAGCGAACGCAACAGGUCGGCAUCGCUCUGCCUUCCUUCGCUCAACAUCCCGGGGCCGUGUGGCAGCACUCGCCAACACGCUACGUCCAGCGCGUCGGGGGCGCUUCUCGGUGAUGCGGCUCCGCCUCCGUCACCACCGGAGCGCGGUAUCGCCAUUGGCAGAAAGUCGUACGUUAACCGGUGGAAAGCACCCAAGCGCCUGCCGCCCCUCGUCACGGAGGGUCGCACAUUCUGCAUGGAUCGCUAUCAAGCUUACGACGUGGCUGGCGGUGCUCUGCACAACCGGCCGCAGUCAAACAAUCACGUCGGGACGCUCGCAGACAAGGACGGAGACGUGGAGGACGACGGUGGCAUUUGUGCGGCUCAGCAGCUGUACGGCACUCUGAACCAGAACAGUAUACCCCUCUACGCACGCGAGGUGCUGGAGGAGCCGCAUCUUUGGAGCUUGUCCGGGUCGUUCUCAAGCGCCUCUGCGAACUGGGGGUCGCCACCCUCCUCGGCGGCUAUGACCCGCCCAAAUCUCACGGCGUCUUGUUACUCGACCCAGCUGGUGUCGCGUGUCAAGUCCGUCGACGGCGCAGACAAGCAUGAGGAGGAGGGCGGACCGCUUGUGGGCGGCGGCGGCGACGUCGGUGGUGACGCUGGCGGCCCAGCUGGUUUCGCUCCCGUCCAAAGUGCGCAGACGAGGUUCCUGCUGCGGACGGCAUCGCCGUUGUUAGAGUCGGCCGCGAACAGCCCCGUCCCCGCCUUGUCCUCCUGUUCCUGUUGGUGUGCCAAUGAUGAUGCACGCCAUCCUGCCGCCAGUGCCUUCACCAGCGGCAGCCACAUGUCGCAUCCAGCACAGUCGCCGUCUGACGUGGUGGAGGCUUUUACUCCGCGGCGCCGCUUGCUGCCGGUGUCCACCAGCGCGCUUGCCACGGCAUCCUCGGCGACCAAUGUGAUAGCCUCCUCAUCACUGCUUCAGCCACACGUUGGUCCAGGUGUGCCGAGCGACGACGCGCACGUAGCGACCAGCGCCACCGUCACCUCGAUGCCGACGCCGCGCUCGGCGCCCCCGGCAGCGCCCAGCAGGACUCUGGAGCAGCUGCGUCCUCCAUCGAGUGCAACCGCCGUUGCUUCCCUGUCCUCUCUGACAAGGCUGCCGGCGGUCACGUCCGCGGCCGCUGCAGCCGCGGCCCGCGCGGUGCAAGGCGUUCGGCACACAAUGCAGUUCGCGAUUACAAGUUUGAAGGCGCAGCAUCAGCGUAGUGCCCAGGCGCUGGAGCAGUGCGACGAGCUGGCUCUCUUCCGACUCCCCUACAGCGCUCGCGAAGCCUUGAUGGCGAGUCGUGCGCGACAAGCAGCACACGAGUACGUGAGCGGCAGCAGCAGCCCCGGCGGCGAUGGAGGCGAGAACUCCGUGCGGAGCGUUUCGCCUGUUUCGGUGGGCACGGCUGCUACCCCAAACUGCCCCCUUACCGCGGCGCAGCUCACGGAAGAGCAGGUAUUGCCGCCCGCCUUGCCGUCUGUGGAUACGGCAGCGGUCGCCACUGCGGAGCAACACCAGCUGCAGCAUCGGAGAUUGCCGCCACCGCCACCGCUGUCUCUAUCACCGUCGCAGCAGCUCAGCCCAGAUGCGGAGGGGCAGCUUCGCGAGCUCCGUGUGGCGUGCGAGCAGCAUCUGGCGGCUUCGGAAUCCAAUGUGCAAGAGAUGGAGGCGCUGUGGCUGGCACAGCACCGACAGCUGAAGUCGCGCGUCGCGUUGUCUUGCCUAGAGGACUCCGCAGAGUGGAGCCGGAGCCCCGGCCGCCAUCUCAUGCACCGCGGGAGCACCAGCCGACGCUCCGCCGAGCAGUACAGUCGCGUGAGCUCCCACUGCGAAGGGCACGCGCGGGGCGCAGCGCCCGCGCACACGACUACCAUCCCGCCCUCGCCAGCUCUGUCAGCGUCGCUGAAGAGCGAUUCGCCAGUGGCCUCCACCGUCAGUGCCUUGGCGGCGACGGGGGCGACAGGGGCGGGGACGAGGCCGCCCUCCGGCUUGUCGAUUCGUGCCUCCGCAUCGCCGCAGCAGCGCCGCCGUGGCAGCAGAAGCCCCGCUUGCACCCUCCCGUCUGCCGCCCGCGGCACUACCGCGGCCUGCCCCGUCCACACCGCCGGCGCCGUCUCCAGUGAGGCGACGGGAGUCAGCAAAGACGCCUCCGAGGAUAACGCCGUGUUGCUUGGUGCUACGAAGACGAUGCGGUCUGUCGCCACGGUACGCCCCCUCGCCACGCGCGCGGCGCAGGCGACACAGGAAGGUGGCGACGCAGCGGGGGCAGGGAUGAGCGUUGCCCCUGCCGCCUUCAGCGCUCCGUCGCCUCAGCAGGCAAGGCACAGCGGUGCAGGUGACGCAGCGGGGCUCUACACGUACAGCGCAGCUGUCGAGGCAAGCGGGCCCAAUACCGUGGAGGAGACGCUCGUGGCAUGGCGACGCACGCUGCAGGCGAUGGACAGCCCGUCGACGGCGACGGCGACGGAGGUGGUGCGUGGCUCAGGCGCGGAAGCAGGCGAGCUGAACGCGGCUGCAGCGUGUUCCUUUCCCUCUCACACCAGCUGCAGCCUGGCGGCCACUUCCGUAGCGCCGCCGCCCAGCAGAGCAACCGAGGAUGUGCCUCGCAUGCGGCCCAGCAUUCGGUGCGCAGCUGCUGUGGUCCGCGGCCGCCGUACGCAGCGCUUCGUGUGCGAGGCGCUCCGUCAAGUCUUUCAGCGCGUACUCCCCGGCGACCUCGUCUGCCCUGCGUGGAGGACGGACGCCGCUGCUCGCCCGCAGCCGCCGAUCGCGGACCUUCCUAAUGCGUCCCUGAUCGGCAUGAAGGAAGCGGAGGCGAGCGCGAAGGUGUCGGGGUGCGCGGCGCAUCGCACUGUCGGAUCGAUGGCGCGGGUGAUGAACCUAACGUCAGGCUCAAGCAUAGACUCACUGGCUUCCGCAGGCGCAGCGCGCGUCCUCAACGCCGCCGCGCCGUCGCCGUGGUUGCCGCCAUCCGACUUCACGUCCGCGGGGCCGUCGAAAGAAGCGGUGACAAGCGUGAUCCGACAUGUGAACGCGGCGUACCGCGCGAACGCCACGCUACUUUCCAUCGAGGAUUGGACAGCUGUGGCGCCGCACAUGCUGGCCCGCUCGCUGCCGCUGAGCGUGCGUGCAGUGCGCAUCCAGAGGUGGUGGCGUCAGAGGCUCGCCGUUCGUCUGUACCGACAACGUCGCGCAGCGCAGGAGGCCUAUCUCGUCGAGGAGGAGCGCCGCGAUGCCGCCGCACUGCGGCUGCAGCGGCAAAUACGUGUGCACUGGGCCCUAAAGGUUGUCGCGCGUCGGGCUGCGGCGGUUGCCGCCCGGAUAGAGCACCGAGUGGCUGCCGAGCGGACCACCGCGAAGCACAGUGGCUCUGUCGACGGCCUCACAGACGGCAGCGUUGCCUUCGGCGCCUCGAACUCGCUCACCACGACGCCGUCCUCGAACCGCCAUCUCCGCCGUGUCGUCACACCUCAUUCCUGCGGGUGCAGCAGGGGCUCAUCGUCAUCGCCGCGGGUGCGCCGUGCGCGCUCCGUCCGCAUUACGUCGCAGGCUGGGACGGACGGCUCUCUCGCCAGACUCCGCACGUUCAAACUGGCCGCCUUUCCUGCCGCCACCUCUGGUGGGGUGGACAAGGACGCCUCCAUCUUCUUCCGCUCCGCUCGAGCCGCCGUAGCCCCCGACGACGUCGACAGACACGUCCGCUCACACCGGCCGCGGUCGCCGUCUAAGGCCACGACAGUGGAGACGGACGCAACGAUGGUGCGGACAACGGCUGCACCGCUCUCGGUGCACAGUGAGACAACCAGUGAGCAGCGGCCUUCGACGACACGUCGAGCCGCAGUGCCGCAAAUGCAGCCGGAGCUUGUCAUCGCCGCCGCGCAGCGCAUUCAGAGGUGCUACCGACAUCAUCUCGCGCGACUUUACACGGCGCGGCUCCGCCGAGAGGUGGAGGUGCUCAGCGCCGUCGUCACGCGACGGGCACCACUCGCCGCGAUACGCGUCACCCUGACUGCUGCGCCGCUCUCAGCACCGACGGUCAGGUCGCUGAUAGAGUCGCGAUCGAGCGACGGCGUCUGCGCCGGAGCUGGCGAGCUCUCAGAUAUCUUGACUGCUGCCUCGGCGCGAGAGCUGGGCGAGGGCUCGGACACAGCAGUCAUGCGUAGCCUCCUCGACGGCUGCACUGGGGAUGUGUGCGAGGCGUGCUUGCAGCGCGGGCUGGCUGCGCGGCGCCACGGCGAUUACAAACCCCCGCUUGAGCGCGUGAGUCUUCGCGAACUGCAACGCAUCCGCCAGGAGCGUGAGGACGAGGCUGCCCAGCAGCGCCAGCUACACGAGCUCGAGCAACGGCGAAAGCUGGAGCAGCGGAAGCGACAGGAGCGGCAGGUGCUGGAGGCAUCCAAGACGAUCCAGCGAAUUGGUCGCGGCUGUCGGUGGCGGCGCUGGCUGCGUGAGCGAGAGCUGAAGGCGAGGCAGCGCGCCGAGCAUCACCAGGUAGCGUUGCUGUCGUGCUCCUCCGUGAAGGGGAUCCACAGUGUGCAGCUCGUCAGCUCCGACGGCCAAGGCACGCAGCCGGUGAUGUCGUCGGAGGAUGAGCAGUAUCUCCAGUUGGCCGGUGGGGAGGCGGUGACAUCGCACAUGAUACUGCGCCUGCGGGCAACGUACUCGCAGUGGUUCGGGAUCGCUACGGACCCCACGAGUGCGCAGUACAUCGUAUCGCACUGCACUCCCGCUCAGCUGGCCACGGUCCCCACAAUAGAAGCCUUUGUGGCGGCCUUCGCCAGCCGCGCCGAGGUCUACAACCGGUACCGUCACACCUGCGCCAAGAGUCUUCAGCUGGCGUGGCGGCUGCACCGGGCACAGCUGCACGGCCGCCGCCAGCAGGGCCGCAUUGUUUCCGCAAGCAAAUCAUAA